AUGAUCGGAAGCGUUUUUGUUAAUACUUCAAGAAGACAAGUGCAGUUCCAAAAGAGGUUCUUUGCAUCCAAAAUAGGCAGAGCUGGUAAAAAUAUUCCUCCCCAAAUUCAAGAAAUGAUGGAAAGAAAGCUCUAUAAUGUCACAAACCACCCAAUAUCUAUCCUGAGCAACAUCAUAAGAAAGUAUUUUGAGACUGAGAAGAUAACAGAUAUUGAAAUCCCUGGGGAAAAAUUUAUUUGUGAGAGCUCUUUUAACUCUCUUGUUAAUACCAAAAAGUGUUUUGAUGAUGUUUUGGUACCCAAAGACCACGUGAGCAGGCAACCAAGCGACACAUAUUACUUUGAUGAUGAUACUGUCUUGAGACCUCACACAUCAGCCCACCAGAUUGAAAUGAUUAGGAGUAACCACAAUGCUUUCUUAGUCCUUGGAGAUGUGUAUAGGAGAGAUACUGUAGAUAAGACUCACUACCCUGCUUUUCACCAAAUGGAAGGAGUCAGAAUCUUCAAUUAUGAUCAAAUUAAUGCUAAGGAUUAUGACCAUGCCAAAAAGAUUGCUGAGAAUGACCUCAAGCAGACACUUUUAGGCCUUAGCUCUCAUGUCUUUGGAAAUAUUGAAACAAGAUGGAUGCCUGAAAAUUUUCCAUUCACGGAUCCAAGUCUCGAGCUAGAGGUCUUCUACAACGAAGACUGGAUGGAAAUCCUUGGGUGUGGAGUUAUUCAUGACCAAGUUAUGAGGAACGCAGGAAGAGAUCCAGAGAAAGAAGUUGGGUGGGCCUUUGGACUUGGGCUAGAUAGAUGGGCAAUGAGUUUGUUCCAGAUUCCUGAUAUUAGACUCUUCUGGAGUAAAGACGAGAGAUUUUUGGGUCAAUUCAAAGAAGGAGAAAUCACAACAUUUGAGCCAUACAGCAAGUUUCCAGCUUGUUUUAAAGAUAUUACUUUCUGGAUAGGAGAGGAUUAUGAUGAAAAUGGAUUUAUGGAACUAAUUAGAGAUAACUCACAAGACAUGGUAGAAUCAGUUGAAUGAAUUGACACCUUUACUCAUCCAAAGACUCAAAAAACUAGCAAAUGCUACAGAAUUAACUACAGACACAUGGAUAGAAAUUUGACUAACGAAGAAGUAGAUGAGUGGCAAUUCAAGCUUAGAGAAAGAGUCGAAUCUGAGUUAGAAUUAGAACUAAGAUAA